AUUAUUUAACUCAAUUCAAUUACAAAAUUCAAAAUUAGAAACAUGCGUUUGUUAGUGCAAAAAAAAUAUGAAGCUCAAAAAGUGAAGAGAGCUGUAUCGAAUGAAAUGUGUAAUCUCAGCCAUGCUGAACUAGUCAAAAUUCCAAUAUUAGAAGUCUCCAAAUAUAAUGUCAAGGUUCUGGAUUUACAUAACAACAGCAUUUCAUCCAUAAAUGAUACAUUCGGUAGAUUGAAAACGCUUAUCAAAUUGGAUUUAAGCGCAAAUAAACUGACUUCUUUGCCAUCAAGCAUUGGCCAAUUAUUUAAACUGCGUAGUUUGACCCUUUAUGAUAACUCUUUAACCGACUUACCCAUCAGUUUUGGAAGACUAUCAAAACUUCGUUAUUUAAAUUUACACAAUAAUCCAUUGUCGGAAGAAUUGAAAGCAGUUACAGGGUGUUGUUUUACUAGCAAAGACUGUCAAAAAUGUGCGGUGGAUACAGUUCAAUACUACAAACAUAAAAUGCGUAUGGAUCGAAAACGUAAACGGGAAAUCACUGAAUAUUCAGAACCCACUAAAAAAGAGGAACCGACACCUUUCUUUGAAGCUGACCUUUGCAGACCUAUCUCUACAAAAGUCAAAAAAAUGGUUCAGGACAUAGAAGAACGUUUGCGUAAAUAAGAGAUGGAAUGCAUCCAUUUUGGAAACUGCACUUAUUCAGUAAUCAAUACCGAUGAUUGUGAUUAUUGUUAAUGUGUGUGAUAUUAUUUUGGUAUGCAUCCAUGACGUGUGUUGUCUACAAUUCAUUACAACAGUUUAUCUAAGCAGUACAUCUCUUUCAACUGAGGAGAUCGUAUGGACAUCACAUCAUAAAUAUCGAAAUAUGUAACUCACGCGUAAUACUUAAUACCCCUAAGGGAAAAAAUAAAGGAAAAAUUAUCCCUUUGAACUGAGGAAGUCAUAUAGUUACCACAUUUUAAAUAUCGAUAUUUUUAACUCACGCCUAAAGGAUAAUGUAUAUCACUUUGAACCGAAGAAGUCAAAAGGUCACCGCAUCAUAAAUAUUGAUAUAUUUAGCUCCCAACUAUUGGAUAAUGCACAUCCCUUUGAACUGAGGAAGUCCAAGGUUACCUGAGGUCACCACAUUUUAAAUAUCGAUAUAUUUAGCUCAUGCCUAGAGGAUCGCUUUAAACUGCUGAAAUCUUAUGAUUAUCACAUCUUAGUUAUUGAUAUAUUUACUUUACGUCUAAUGAAUAAUACACAUCCAUUUGAAUUAUGAAAGUUAUAUGCUCACCACAUCUUGAAUAUUGAUAUACCUUUCUCACGCAUUAACGGUUAAUGCCAUUAGAAAUAAACUCCAACAGUGCCGUCACCAUUCGCAUCAAUAGUGAUAUAUUAUAACCACUUCAAACAAAUAAAGCACAUAUGAUAAAAUUAAA